AUGGCGGCUGCGGCAAGUUUCCGCCACCACUUAAGUCCUCUCCUCUUCCUAGCCGUUGCCGUCACCAACGAUGUUGAGGAAGAUGAGCUGGAGUCAAUGUUCGCCAUCCUUCGCGGUCAUGGUUGCGCUCUCUUCAGCAACGCCAUCGCCACUUCCGAUAUCAUCUACGAGAUAUUCAAUAGCAAUAGCAACAGCUCCUUCACAUUCUUCGCUCCCACAUACUCCAAUCUAUACGCCAUAGACAUGUUCAAUACGGCAUCAGAUUACACCUCCGUCCUCCAUUGCCACGUGGUCCCCCUCCGCCUCACUCUCAGUGAGCUCCGCCGCCUACCUUCUGGUUAUGAUCUUGAUACCCUUGUCAAGUGCCAUUUGAUCACGGUAGAAAGCCACCAGUUUGGUAGCCUAAUUUCAAAUAAUGAUGUGAUUAAUAUAGAAGGAGUGGAAGUGGUUUUGCCGGGGCUGUUUUACAGCCUUGAAAUUGCGGUUCAUGGAUUGGGAGAAAUGUUAAACUGCUUGAGAACGGAUUUUGGAUCGGGUCAAGAUUCUCCAUUUGUGGCUCCGUCGGAGCCUCCAAUUUAUUCUCCAGUUUUCAAUGGAAUCGGAGCGGCGCCACAGGGGACGAAUUUUACUGGUUUUCCUGAGCUACCAAUAGCACGAUCGAAUCUCUGGUCCCUGAACCGGCUGUUUUUUGAGCUUUUGACAGACAACCCAACUUCUUUCUUCUGUGUCAAUGGAGCUGUCAUUGAUCCGCCAACUCCCAUAUCAUUUGUUGAAGUUAUGAAUCUUGACUGUUUUCGAGUUUUGGGGCUAAUGAAGAUGUGGGACCUGGUACUAACAGGCUGUUUUUGGUGCAUAUUCACGGGCACAAUCGCCUCACUUUUCGCCGGCGAAUUUCUGCGAUACUGUGUCAGAAUUUUUUCUCCAGUUGUCGAUGGAAGUGUGUUGUCACCAUUGCUGACAGAUAUCGCCGGUUUUCUUCUGACACCAACCUCUGGAUGCUUGGAUAGUAACACAAUCAAAUCUUCGGCGCCUGAACCAGUUGAUGUUGAUGGAUAUUUACCUGCACAUUCACAAAAUACAUCUCACUUUCCCCCGGCGAAAUUUUUCGCCACCCGAAUUGGAAUUAUUGUCGCCGGAGAAAGAAAAUGA